AUGAUCUCGUCCCGGGUGGCUCUGAAGGCGCAGGCGGGCCGCAGGGAGACGCGGGCGGUCGCUGUGCGCGCCCGGCCGCAGGACGCCCCGCCGUCGUCGACCCUCGGGAGCGUCGUGGCGGGCGGCCUCGCCGCGCUGGCGGUGCUGGGCGCCUCGCCCGCGCUCGCGGACGGCACCGUCAAGCUGCCGCCCAUCUCCAACGACCCGGAGCGCUGCGCCAAGGGCUACAUCGGCAACACCCUCGGCAUGGCCAACGGUCUGAGCAACACGGCGCUGGACCUGCGGUUCUGCGACUACACGGGCGCGGACCUCAAGUCGAAGACGCUGUCCGCGGCGUUCAUGUCGAACGCGAAGUUUACGAACGCGGACAUGACGGAGGCCACGCUGACCAAGGCCUACGCGCUGGACGCCAACUUUGACGGCGCCAACCUGACCAACGCGGUGAUCGACCGCACGAACUUCACGGGCUCGUCGAUGAAGAACGUCAACUUCCAGAACGCCGUCAUCACGGGCACGACGUUCGACAAGGUCGACCUCACCGGCGCCUCGUUCGAGGAUGCCCUGAUCAGCGGGAACGACGCCAAGCGGCUCUGCACCAACCCCACGCUCAGCGCCGAGGCCAAGAUCGACGUCGGGUGCAGGUGA